AUGUCUGUUUUUGACGAAAUAGUAACCAUGUUCUUUGGAAACGGGUACCGAGAGUACAGUAUUAGAGACGUAAUUUUCUACAUGUUCGAAAGAGAUUCGACAAGAUUUCUCACGUGUACGCUUUCAUUUCACCUAACUUAUAUCAGCGGAUUAGAAAUUAUAAAGAAGGGGAGAGGUACGUACAGGAUCAAUAGUGAAUGUAGCUCUGAGGAUUUUGAUUACUCGAAUAGAGAGGCACUGUACAACGCAUGCAUGAGUGUCUUAAAGGAUACAAAGAAUGCUAUAAAAGAAGUGAAAGAGGUAUCACAACAUCGAUUGUUCAUUCCCAAGUUAGAGUCGAAAUUGAAAUUAAUGACUGAUUCGGAGAAGAAUAGUGUUGAUCAAUCGUUUGAUGAUUUCCCACAGAAACGUAUAUCUUGUGAAACUAACAGAAGAAAGAUUGCGGUUCCAACAAAAAGAAACGUUUCAUGUCAAAAAAAGGAGAUUAAAGACACGGAAAUUAUGGACGUAAUCAAUUCAAAUGAUAGUAAUCAUCCGAUUGUUAUAAAAGAUACAGAGAAAAUUGAUAGUAAUCCUAAUGUCGUUAAAGAAAGCGCUGACGUUAAAGAGGUUUUGAAAGAAGUUUUAACCAUGGAAAAGAUAACUGCUGAACCAAAGGAUGGAAAUGUAGCAGAUGUAAACAUGGAAAAGAUAACUGCUGAACCAAAGGAUGAUAAUGUAGCAGAUGUAAACAUGGAAGAGAUAACUGCUGAACCAAAGGAUUACAUCGACGAGUUGAUCGACGAAUAUAUAAAUUCAUGA